UAUUUAGCCGGCCGAGUUAUUUCUUGGGGCUUACAUUUUCCUUGUCGUCUUUCCUUUCUCUUCUGUCAUGUCUGGCCGAGGGAAACAAGGAGGUAAAGCUCGCGCUAAAGCUAAGACACGGUCUUCUCGGGCUGGUCUCCAGUUCCCAGUGGGCCGCGUCCAUCGCUUGCUCCGCAAGGGUAAUUAUGCCGAACGCGUUGGUGCCGGAGCACCUGUCUACAUGGCAGCUGUGCUCGAAUACCUCACAGCAGAGAUCCUGGAGCUGGCAGGCAAUGCUGCUAGAGACAAUAAAAAAACGCGCAUCAUUCCCCGCCAUUUGCAGCUCGCCAUCCGCAACGACGAAGAACUCAACAAGCUUCUGGGUAGAGUGACCAUUGCCCAGGGUGGUGUCCUGCCUAAUAUACAAGCGGUCCUCCUCCCCAAGAAAACUGAAAGCCACAAACCCAAGGGCAAAUGAUUUAGUGCGGCAAUAAUUGCACGUUAACACCAAAGACAAAAAGGCUCUUUUAAGAGCCAUCAAUUACAUC